CAUCUCUCUCUCUCUCUCUCUCUCUCUCAAUAAAGGCCAUGCCAUUUGAAAGGGGAGGUACCCAUGAAGAUCAUAACAACACUAAGGAAAACGCCAUCUCUUUCCAAAGCAACUUAGAGCUACGGCUCGGCAUCAGCUCCUCGGAUAACAGCUGCUCCAACAACAUGGCUUGUUCCAAAGCCAUGAACUCCACUGUCAAGGGCUUCAGCUGCUCCACCAGCACAAGUAAUAUUGCACCUGCAGUGUUGUACCAGAGCAGUAGUAGUAGUGUGCUCGGGCUCGGAGGAGGAGGGUCUUAUAUGGGCUUUCCUCAAAGCCCACUCGGUUUCGUUCAUCCGUGGAGUCUCGCCGCCCGGCAGCAGAAGGCCGCCAUCGAGCAAGCCCACCACCAAAAGUCCAAUAAUCUCGCUUCUGGUUCUGCUUCUGCUUCUGCUGCUGUUGCAUCUUCUUCUCUAUCAAGAGCCACGCAGCUUCCGCCUUUAGCGGCGGUCGUAGGUUGGCCGCCGGUCCGCGAAUUCCGGAGGAACUUAGUAAGCACAAACUUGCCAAAGUCUGCGAUGGACGAUCACGAGAAGGGCGCGACGAGCGCAAAGCCUGCAGCAGAGAACAUCGACGACAACGACGAUGACGACGACAACAGCAACGUAAUGAAACGUCGGACCGAAUCGAGGCCUACAAUGUUUGUGAAGGUGAACAUGGAAGGAUACGUCGUCGGGAGGAAGAUAAACCUGAGGGCCCACGAUAGCUACGAGUCGCUCUCUCGUGCUGUGCAGAAGAUGUUCAGCAACUUCUUCUCUACUACUUAUUUCAAUAACUCGGGCGAAGAAGAAGACGACGAUGUCGCUGAUCCGGACUUCAUUCUUCUUUAUGAAGACCAUGAAGGCGAUCGGAUGCUGGUCGGUGACGUUCCCUGGGAGUUGUUCAUCACUUCAGUCAAAAGGUUAUACAUUGCUCACAACCGCAAAAUGCAAGAGAAUGGUAAUGGUAAUGGAGGUGUAGCAGAUGAUGAUGAUCAGCAUAUGAAGAAACAACAAAAUGAAGUAGACAAAUAGAAAGGCUCAUCAUGCUUCAAUCAAGAUCACUUCAUUUUGUCAUGCAUGCAUUUCUCUAUAUAAUUAGGUUCUAGUGUGAGACUGUGUUAUGAUGUUAUGCAGUAGUUUUAACUAUGCAGGUUGUUUGGCACCGGGCCAUUUGGAUCAAAUUAAGGGCAUUUUAAAAAUAAAUGUACUAAUUUACCUUUUUAUAUGAAAUUAGUAGCUAAUUAGUAGCUAGCGAUCGUUGCUUUGUCGAAAUGUAGAAUGAUUAAAUGAUAAUCACAUGUAUGCAGUUUCGACAGCAAUCGUUAAUCGUAAUUACUGCUGUC